CGCCGCCUGCUUGCUACAAGCCUAGAACUAGGAAAUUCUAUCCUUUUUCUAUUAAACGCCAUGAAAUUGGUAUUGUUUCGGGUGGGAGUCAGCUGAAAAAAGGCGUCGAGACAGUAGUUCUUGAUGCAUCUUUUGGUUGAUUUUGCCAAAAAUUGAAUUUUUGGGUUCUCCUGCAUCUCACACAAAGUUCGGUUGGGGAAAGAUUGAAUCUUUGGGGGUGAAGGUGCGAGCUCGAGCUGAUGGGCAGGGUGCAGGCGAGGUUGGGAUCCUUGCUCAACAACAGAUGGCUGGUAUUCGUGGCGGCGAUGUGGGUGCAGGCGGUGGCAGGGAUCGGGUACCUGUUCGGCAGCCUGUCGCCGGUGAUCAAGAGCGCGCUCGGCUACAACCAGCGGCAGAUCGCGCGGCUGGGAGUGGCCAAGGAUCUGGGCGACAGCAUCGGCUUCCUCGCCGGGACCCUCUGCGAGAUCCUCCCGCUCUGGGCGGCGUUGAUCGUCGGCGUGCUGCAGAAUUUUGUGGGAUAUGGUUGGGUUUGGCUCAUAGUCACGGGAAGAGCGCCCCAGUUGCCCCUCUGGGCUAUGUGCGUUCUCAUAUUCGUGGGAACAAAUGGAGAGACCUACUUCAACACUGCCGCUCUUGUUUCGUGCGUGCAGAACUUCCCUAAGAGCAGGGGUCCUAUAGUAGGGAUACUGAAGGGCUUUGCUGGUCUCAGUGGUGCGAUCUUGACUCAAGUUUUUGCCCUGAUGCACUCACCUGACCAUGCUGCUCUCAUAUUCAUGGUGGCUGUCGGCCCAUCGAUGGUCGUCAUCGCCUUGAUGUUCAUCGUCAGGCCUGUCGGCGGCCAUCGGCAAGUGCGAGCUUCUGAUCCAUCCAGCUUCACGUUUAUCUACAGCGUGUGCUUGCUUCUGGCAGCCUAUUUGAUGGGCGUCAUGAUCCUGGAAGACCUUGUCGAUAUCAGCUACACUGUGACCGUGGUGUUCACUGCAGUGCUGCUGUUCCUCAUGUUGCUUCCAAUUGUCAUCCCCCUGCUGCUGACCUUCCACUUUGAUGUUGUCUCUCCCGUCGAAGAGCCUCUCUUGCCCCAGCCGUCGAAGGAAGAGACAAGCAAAUCUGCUGAGCAGAAUGAGGUCAUUUUCAGUGAGCUUGAGGAUGAGAAGCCCAAGGAGGUUGAUCUUCUUCCGGCGUCGGAAAGGCAGAAGAGGAUUGCUCACUUGCAGGCAAAGUUAUUCCUCGCUGCUGCUGAUGGAGCUGUGAGGGUCAAGAAAAGAAGAGGUCCUCACAGGGGAGAGGACUUCACCCUGAUGCAGGCACUCAUAAAGGCAGACUUUUGGCUCAUGUUCACCUCUCUUCUGCUGGGAUCAGGUUCAGGGCUGACGGUCAUUGACAAUCUCGGUCAGAUGAGUGAGUCAUUAGGCUACAAUGAAGCUCACAUUUUUGUAUCCAUGAUCAGCAUUUGGAACUUCCUUGGAAGAGUAGGAGGGGGCUAUUUGUCUGAGGUUAUUGUGAGGGACUAUGCAUAUCCUAGGCCAGUGGCUUUGGCUGCCUUUCAGGUUGUAAUGGCGAUCGGGCACUUGUUCUUCGCCAUGGCUUGGCCAGGAACAAUGUACAUUGGAACCCUACUGAUUGGACUUGGAUAUGGAGCUCACUGGGCCAUUGUUCCUGCUGCAGCAUCUGAAUUGUUUGGCCUGAAGAACUUUGGAGCCUUGUACAAUUUCCUUACAGUAGCUAAUCCUGCAGGUUCUCUAGUCUUUUCUGGCCUCAUUGCCAGCACGAUCUAUGACUACGAAGCCGAACAGCAAGCGAAGAAACAUCAGAACUCACUUCUGCAAAUCCGAAGAUUAUUUGAAGGUGCUUCAAUCGGUGGGGAGGAAACACUGAAAUGCAAAGGGGCCAUCUGUUUCUUUCUCAGUUCACUGAUCAUGUCGGGAUUUUGCGUCAUUGCUGUUGUUCUGAGCUUGAUUCUCGUUCACAGGACUAGAAUUGUGUACCGAAACCUUUAUAGUGGAACUUCCAGGUAGUUUGGAAUAUGAUUCCUCCCUCCCCCUCCAAAAGAACUGCUUGCAAUCAACAACCUAUUAUGUUUUCUUAAUUGGGUAUUUAAAGAAGAGUCUUGAAUGUUUUAUAGUAUAUUGAUUAUGUUUAUCCAGCGAUCGAACUUUUUUAUUCUAUUAUGGUAAUUUGAUUGUAUCAAACUCAAUACAUUUCUUCUAAAUUUCAGCAUAAACUCUAUGAAUUGAACUUUUUCCAUUUGAUCUUCA